ACAAACAACUGGAAGAUAUGCUACGGAAUAAAAGUAAACUACAAAGAAAACUGACACAGGAUUUAGCCAGCACUGCCAUCACUGACAUGAUUAUGAUAAGCUCAUGCGAUAGAGAGGCAGCAAGACUUCGGUCUUUGCAAGGCAAAGGGGCAGGGGCAUGGAUAAAUACGAUACCAACUUCGCAGAAGCUCGCACUAGAAUCCCGCGAUUUUCGCUUGGCGGCCUGCAUGAGGUUGGGAUUGUCUAUGCCCUUCAAAGGAUAUAUCCAAAGAUGUGAUUGCGGUGUCUCCCUUGAUGGAUCUGGCUAUCAUUUCUUGACAUGUAAAUGGGGUGGUGGGCCUGUCUGGUCCCACGAGUCCAUAGCUGCAGUGUGGGCAGAUUGUUUGAGAGAUCUCCAUAUACACCACCGACGGGAACCUAGAAACAGGUACUCAAACUCAAAUGACCGCCCGGAUAUCUCUGUUUUUGACUGUGGCUCUGGGUCUAAUGUGGACCUGGACAUCUCACUGGCGCACCCAUGGAGCUCUGAAAUCGUCAGCAGUGCAGCACACACAGAUGGAGCUGCAGCACUAAAGAGAGAAGAGAAGAAGCUGACCAAAUAUUACAAACAACUCCUUCCUGGGGGAGAAUCGUUCACCAUUGUCCCUUUAGUCCUGGAGCAUUUUGGAAGAUGGGGCAAGGAAUCAGAAUGUUAUCUACAACAAUUGUCCCUCAGAUCUACAGACGACUUGGGAAGACUGAACAGGGCGGAGUUUUUGCUGCAGUGGAGACAACGCAUUUCAGUUCAGUUGCAAAAAUGCAAUGCGAAAGUUAUCUAUCGCAAGGUAGAGGGGGUGCUGAGAAGUGGCAAAUAAGAAGUGUUAUCUGUGAUAAUAGAGAAGAAAC